AUGCCCUCCCAGACUUGUACUCUCUGCUUCCUCACCCUGGCCCUUGCUGCCACAACCUCAGCCAUCGCUAUUCCAGCCGAGGCAGUUCCCACCCCCACUGGCAUUGCUCCUACUUCCACCAUCAGUUCAGUCGUCAGCAGCUCUUCCACAGUCGACGCUGCUACACCCUCUUCUUCAGACAACGUCCCAACUGAGGCAGUGAACUGGAAUUGGGCGAGCGCCGCCCUCGACAUCAUGAAGUCCAACAUCAAGGGCAAGGAAGACAACUUCAAUAUCAAAGAAGAGGAGAACCUUUCUACUCCCUCUUCUAUUGAAACCACAGCUCUGGUUGUCCCAACCAUAAGCAACACCUUCAGCAUUCUGGUCACUCCGGCCCCCAGCAGCUCCGCCAUCGUAGCGCCUGCGCUCACUCUCACCCACGACACCUCAGCCAAGGCUGUUCUAACAGACGAGGCCGUGGCCUGGAACUGGGCCCUCCCCGCCCUCAAGCUUAUUGAGAGCCGCGAGCUCGGAGACUCCACAUCCUUCGCCAACCGCCGCACAGGUGACAGAACCGACAAGGUAGACAACUCCCACGUCGUGGAGGACAAGUCUGAGCAUGAUUCCGAACAUCUUCAGCUCGAUGAGGCCGCAAAGGAGAGCAUCAGACAAACCAAGCCUCCUUCCCUGCCGCUGCAGACCGCAAGCCCCAGCAUGAAGAAAGAAGUCAAGCCUACCAAUGUCAAGGCUGACUUCACUAUCCAAACCGAGACUCGCCUCUUCAAGACCAUGGCAACUCCAGUUAUUAAGGCUCGCUCUCCUACACCUAUGACAAUAGAGCCUGAGUCAACGCCCACCGCUGAAGACAAGGCGGACUUCACUAUUCAGACUCAGACGAGUCUGUUCGAGACCGCCGCCACUCCGACGGCUGAGGCUCAGAUGCCCGCUGCCACAAUCACGAUGGAGGUUUGA